GGCCUUCUUCUAUUCCAUAUUUACAAAUAAACUAUUGGGGUGGUAUUGAGGUAGCUUUGCAAAAAUUAGGUGCGAAAGGUGGGCUCGAUUGUAGAUGUUUGAUUGCUCAUUUUCCUACCGAGAAAUAUGUUGUUCGAACGUUGACUACAAUAGCAACUCCACACCGCGGCAGUCCAUUUAUGGAUUGGUGUCGGGAUAAUAUAGGAGUGGGUGAAAUUAGUCAAUCAUUCGAAGAGGCAGCUAAAGUUGUAGAUGAUGCUAUAAAAAAAAUGGCGGAGAAAACACGUGACCAACAGAAUCGCAAUAAUCAAAGGCCUUCUAAAUUAGAUUCAAAGGUUCAAGAACAAUCUUUAAAGCUACCUUCUCAAGCAGAAAAUAUUGUAAAACAAAAAGACCCACUUCCAACAGAACCUCGCAGUACUAUCGUUACUGCAAAAAUGGAUCAAACUGACAAUAUACAAUCUAAAGCUUCUAAUAAGAAAUCAUUCAACAUACCCAUUUCUUUUGAUUUACCGAAUUUUAACAUUUCUCUUCCAAACAUUAACCUUUCUAGCCUCUCUUCUAUUCCACAAACAACAUAUACCAUUUUGCAUCCCAUCACACGAGCCUUAAUUCAAGCUUUUGAUACUCCAGCUUACAGUAAUCUCACAACGGAUUAUUGCGUCAAUUAUUUCAAUCAGAACACACCUAAUGAUCCAUCAGUUGCAUACUAUUCGUAUGGUGCUUCUACAGAUAUUCCGAUUUGGUCACCUCUAUAUUUUCCUCAUCAAAUAAUUAAAGGAAAGGAAGGUGCUAACGAUGGAUUGGUUAGUGUUAAAUCCGCUCAAUGGGGAAAAUAUCUAGGAACUGUAGAAUGUGAUCAUUGGGACUUGACUGAUAAAUGGAGAAUUAAAAUAGGUUCAAAUUUUGAUCCUGUAGAAUUUUAUUUAAAUGUUGCAAGCUUUUUGGCAGCUGAGGGCUAUUGA